ACCCGCUGGGGCAGUGGCAGAAGUCAGGAUCCCCGCGGACUGGAAGAACCUGCUCAAAACCGCUUGCCGUGCAGGAGCCGGGCGGCAGGGAGCGGCGCCGCCGGAGGCUGGCCUACGACGCGACAUCGCGGGGGCCGGAAUGACGGGAUGACACAGGCCCGAGGCGGGAGCGCGAGCCGCGGCUGCAAGUUCCCCGCGUCCGCGGGCGCGAGCACGUCCUGACCCCGCGGAGCGCCGGGAGGGGGCGUGGCGGAGGCGUGUUGGGGGCGUGUCUAGGAGGUAUAGGGGGCGUGUCGGGGCGGGUCCCCGCCUGAGCAAAUGAGGCCCACGGGGCGGGGCGGCGUCAGUUUCGCGCUGAAUUUGGACUGGAGUCUCUUUCUCCCCUGCAAGUUUGGAGCGUCCUCCACUUCGGAAAUGGUUCGCCCGCUGAACUGUAUUGUCGCCGUGUCGCAGAACAUGGGCAUCGGCAAGAACGGGGAGCUGCCCUGGCCCCCACUCAGAAAUGAAUUCACAUAUUUCCGGAAAAUGACCACCACCUCUUCAGUAGAAGGUAAACAGAAUCUGGUGAUAAUGGGUAGGAAGACAUGGUUCUCUAUUCCUGAGAAGAAUCGACCUUUAAAGGACAGAAUCAAUUUAGUUCUCAGUAGAGAGCUAAAAGAACCUCCAGCAGGAGCUCACUUUCUUGCCAAAAGUCUUGAUGAUGCCUUAAAACUUAUUGAGCAACCAGAAUUAACAAAUAAAGUGGACAUGGUUUGGAUAGUGGGAGGCAGCUCUGUGUAUCAGGAAGUUAUGAACAAGCCAGGCCACUUGAGACUGUUUGUGACAAGAAUCAUGCAGGAAUUUGAAUGUGACACAUUUUUUCCAGAAAUUGAUUUGGAGAAAUACAAACUUCUUACUGACUACCCAGGGGUUGUUUCUGAUGUCCAGGAGGAGAAAGGCAUUAAGUACAAAUUUGAAGUGUAUGAAAAGAAAGAUUAAUACUAAGAUGUUCUCUAAGUUGUGUCGAGUUACCAUCCCUCUAAAAAGCAUAUGCAUUGUAAUAUUUUAAUA